CGCUCUCCUGUCAUCACCGACAGAUCCAUGCAGAAGUCCAACGCGGUAUAAACAGAAAGUGCGACCGUGUAGAUUAACCAUGGACUUCUUCAAAGGCUUGAUGACAGAUCUGGCGUCCAGCCGCUGCGAGAAGCUCCAGGCCCCGAGCUACCUCAAUCUGACCUUGUCAAUCUUGAUCCUCCUUGGUAUUCUCGUCUCAUAUCUCCCCCAACAUUACAGAAUCAUUGCUCGAGGCACGUCGGAAGGAAUCUCCCCAUACUUCAUCCUGCUUGGCACGACCUCCGGAACAUGCGCUUUCGCGAAUAUCCUCGUCCUCCCUGCUUCCCGUGCAGAUGUGGCCUGCUGCAAGACUGUCAGUACAUUUGAAUGUGUUGCCGGGCUUCUGGGAAUUGCGCAAGUUGGCGUGCAGUGGUUCUGCUUCAGCGUGAUCUUGCUCCUCUUCCUUGUCUUCUUCCCCAGAGGCCCGACACUUCCCAUCGAUGAAACUGAGCAACAGCAAUACACAUGGAAAACUGCAGUGACAGUCGCUUUCGUCUGUCUUCUCCACGGCCUUGCUGUUAUCAUCACCAGUGCCGCCUUGAUCAUGUCUCGACCACACCAUCUGGGAACAUGGGCAAACAUACUGGGAAUAACUGCAACAGUGUUGGCUGCUAUACAAUAUCUGCCUCAAAUAUGGAUGACAUGGCACCUUGGUCACGUCGGCAGUUUGAGUAUUCCGAUGAUGCUGAUCCAAACUCCUGGUAGCUUUGUUUGGUCCGGUAGCUUGGCUGCAAGGCUGGGCAUUGAGGGAUGGAGUACUUGGGGAGUGUUUCUGGUGACUGGCUGUCUGCAGGGUUGUUUGCUCGCCAUGGGAAUUUACUUUGAGGUGCGGGCGAGGAAGGCAAAGCAAUGCACUGAAGGAGAGACUCAUGCUAGAUGCGUUGUCGGUUACAUGCAAGGUGAGAAUGGCCAGGCUGAGACGGAUGAUGAAGGUGGUACUCUGGUAGAAGAUGGAUGGAACGAGCGGACACCAUUGCUGAAUGGGUCGAGGAAGUCCUCUCAAACACCCACACCUCAAAGAUAGUGCACCACUUUUCUUGUGUACUAUACUCGGCAUAGGAAAUACGGUUCUCGGAAACAUCAGGGUCUUGGCAGCGGUCUUGUGUGAUGUGGAUUGUGAUGCUCUCUCUGAAUGACUAAGAGAAUCCACAACAG